AUGAAAGCCAAUACUAGURAAACUACCAAGCAGGUCAUUCUAUCUGACCUGAAUAAGGUAUUAGACCCAUUAGGUUUCCUAGUACCAGUCCUAAUAAAAGGGAAGAUAUUUAUCCAGCAAAUCUGGCAAUUAAAGAUAUAUUGGAACUGCGCGCUACCAGAGGACAUACAACGCAGAUGGGAUAGUUUUUAUACCGAAGUCGAAGGUUUACGAUUUGUGACAGUACCCAGGUGUGCAUCUGUAACUGCGAGGUGUCAAAUUGAAAUACAUGGCUUUUGUGACGCUUCCCAAGAAGCAUACGGUGCCUGUGUUUAUGUACGUUCAAAAGAUCAAGCCCAUAAGUGGCACUCUCAGUUGUUAUGUGCAAGAAGCCGAGUAGCAUCCUUGAAAGGUGAAACAAUACCUCGGCUAGAAUUGAGUGGUGCUCUAACUCUAGUUCACCUAAUUCGUAAACUCGCUUCAGCCUGGGAGGUGGAUUGUCGUAAAUACUACUUAUGGACCGAUUCCACAAUUGUCCUAGGAUGGCUUAAUGCUCAGACUGUUCAUCUCAAAGUGUACGUAGCAAAUAGGGUCGCUCAGAUACUGGAGCUAACCGACCCAAAACAGUGGCGUUAUAUAAGUACCAAAGAAAAUCCUGCUGAUAUAAUUUCCCGAGGUAUUAGCGCAAGAGUUCUUAGUAACUCAGAACUUUGGUGGAACGGUCCGAAGUGGUUAUCUGACAACGAUAAUGCAAGUACUCUAGGGGUUUACUCUUCAAUAGAGGAAUAUAAACUACCUGAACAACGUCCAUUGCAAUUGUCAUUAGUGAUAGUAGCGAAUAUCGAUAAGAUUUUUCAACAUUAUUCUGAGUGGAAUAGACUUAGAAAGGGCGUCGCCUGGUUGCGCAGAUUUGUUGAGUUUCUCCGUUCGAAGAGUUUAGUAUCUAAAACCAAGUACCUCACGUUAGCCGAAUUGAAAAAAGCCCAACAUUGGAUUCUAGUUAGGGUGCAGGCAGAAGCAUUUCUUGAGGAAAUAUCAGCAAUAAGGCCAAUAAAGACAUCUCCCCAAGAAGCAACCGUGUGUCAAGUUUAUUGGCCAUUAAAGGGCCGCCUGUUAGCUCGUUAUACUGUACAUCGGUGCAUACCAUGUGUCCGCGCUAAGCCUAAGUUCCAAAUUCCAUUAAUGGCUCCGCUGCCACAGCAGCGCGUUAAAUGUUCACGACCGUUCAGCAUUACUGGCGUAGAUWUCGCGGGUCUAGUCAUGAUACGAAGUGGUAGCCGUGAACGAGCUAACAAAAAGGCUUAG